AUGACUGGAGUAGUUCCUGCAAUGGUGGUACCAGCCAAGGACAAACCAAUUAGAAGAGAGGUCAACAGAGGUGGAAGCAUGUCCAGGGUGAGAAGGCAGCUGACAAGGAGGGAGAAAAGGCCAGAGAGUGAAGAGUGGAGCUGGGAGAGAAGGCCUUUUGGGCACAUGGGCUGUGACAUGCCCAAGGUCACAGAGUUAGUAAAGCCAAUACGUGGUCAUGAAAGUGCCUUUUGGUCUUGUGUUCCAGGAAUUCUGUAUCGCAAGUCCUGUGCAUCGUCUGCUGCCUGUCUCAUUGCCUCAGCUGGAUACCAAUCCUUCUGCUCCCCAGGGAAAUUGAACUCAGUCUGUAUCAGCUGCUGUAAAUCCUCACUCUGCAAUGGGCCCCGGCCCAAGAAAAGGGGCAGCUCAGCUGCAAUGCCAAGGGCAGGGCUCCCCACCACCAUUCUUCUCUUGAAACUGGCCUUCUUCUCAGUGCACUGCUGAAAUAGAAGGAUGCUCCCC